CGAGCCAAUCAGCUCUCUCCUAAAUCGACCUCACUUCAAUUCGCAGCGUCCAGUGCCCGGAAAGCUUGCUCUGGAUGACCAUCCGAACCCAGAAACGACCUCUCUCCCUUCCCCCUCCGACUCCCUCAUCACCACAACCACAACCAUGGCGUCCCGACGGCCUCAAUUCAACCAGCAGGUCCAGGUCGACACGACCCCCCUGCCUGACGACAUCCCCAAGGUCAAGGAGGUCGGCGCCAGCUCCGCGCCCCUUCUGUCCGCCUCCUACUUCAUCGGCGCCCGGUGCCGCGAAUACAAUGACGACUUCAUGCAGUGCAAGACCGAGAACCCGGGCCGCGGCGAGUUCGACUGCUUGAAGGAGGGCCGGAGGGUCACGAGAUGUGCCUCUAGCGUGCUGAAGGACAUCAACACCCACUGCCUCGAGCAGUUCAAGGCUCACUGGACCUGCAUCGAGAACCGCAACCACCAGCUCUACCAGUGCCGACCGGCCGAGUGGAAGCUGAACAAGUGCGUCUACGAGAACCUGAAACUCGAGAAGAACAUUCCCGACCAGCGUCCCGGCGUCACCCCCGUCGAGCUCCGCCCCCACAUGAUCUACGCUGACCAAGCCAUCAACACCCUCGAGGGCAAGCCCUUCAUCCCGCCGUCAAAGGCCGAGGGCAGCAAGCAGGCGUCGUAAAAGGCGGGCAUGUUUGUGGGCGUGUGCGCGUGCGCGUGUCUGUGUUGCGAAGGGCGCUGUGGGAAGACGGCUCUCUCUUUCCCUCCGGUACGGAUGCCGCGGAGGGAGGGCGGGAGAGACGUCUGGGCUUUGCGUUGAAGAUGUAGGCUCGGAACUUGGCGAUAGAAAACGCUGUGUACAUAUGUCAUCAAUCAGAGUUGGGAUCAACCAAAAUGGCUUCUUUCUUCUA